GCGCCUGCUUGGCGGCAGGUGGGAGGAAGCGGAAGCCGGUGGUGUUGGUGUUGAGGGCGAGCGAGAGGUGAGGCCUUGCUGGGCGGCCCACGUGAGGCGAGGAUGAAGCUGAGCACGCAGGCCUACUGCAAGGUGGUGCUCCACGGGGCCAAGUACCCGCACUGCGCCGUCAACGGGCUGCUGGUGGCCGAGAAGCCCGGGUCCGGGCCCACCUCGCCCGGCCUCUUCGUCGACUGCGUCCCGCUCUUCCACGGCAGCCUGGCCCUCGCGCCCAUGAUGGAGGUGGCCCUCACCCUGAUCGAUUCAUGGUGCAAAGAGAAUAGCUACGUAAUAGCCGGAUACUAUCAAGCUAAUGAGCGUUUAAAAGAUGCCAGUCCAAACCAGGUUGCUGAAAAGGUUGCUUCCAGGAUUGCAGAAGGAUUCAGUGACACGGCACUCAUAAUGGUGGAUAAUACCAAAUUCACAAUGGAGUGCAUUUUACCGGCAGUUCACGUCUAUGAGCAUCACGAAAACAAAUGGAGGUGCAAAGACCCACACUACGACUACUGUGAAGACUGGUCCGAAGCCCAAAGGAUUUCCGCCUCCCUUUUGGACAGCCGGUCCUACGAGACGCUGGUGGAUUUCGAUAACCACCUGGACGACAUCCGGAAUGACUGGACAAACCCAGAGAUUAACAAAGCGGUCCUCCACCUUUGUUAGGGAGGCUCCCAUUGACUUGACCUAUUGGCAUUUCCAACUGCUCCGAAGAAGAAGAAAUGGCAAAGGGUUCUCGAAUGUAAAUAGAGUGCCAGUGGUUCCUUCAAGUGGAAAGCCAAUGAUGCAUCGGUAGGGAAAGAAUGUGUCACUAUGCAGUAAAACCUUUUUAAUGGGAAUCCUUGGGAUAUCGGCUGUAGUUUGCAAGCCCCUUGGUGGAUUCUCCCACACAUUACAACAUCAUAAUAUAAUACGUUGCUGUAAUUUUUUUCCCAAUCAGGAAGUAGUCUCCUUGUCCCAAACCAUUCGUAGUAAAAAAAAGUUUUGACAAAGCUUUUAUAACCUUUAGAGAGUAAUUUUUUAAAGCAAAGACAUUUAUGAAGUAUCUUUCAGAGCGUUAUGCAGUAGUUUUUAUUUUUUAUUUUGGCAAAAAACAAGGAUCUCAACUCUUAAGUGAAAAUGAGAUGUCCAGUUUGAGAACUGCCCUUCUCGGUGUUGGACAUUGUGCACCACGGUGCUUUGUGUAGCUAGGACAUGCUGUGCAGGAAGGAGGAAGAGCUUGACAAGUAGUAGGGUCUCAGAUGCUGCCAAGUUUCCCAGGCGUUGGUCCCAGAUGCUGCCAAGUUUCCCAGGCGUUCUGAGAAUGCUGCAAAAUGUUACAUAAGCCAUUUAAAUGGCUCAUUCGUUCCACGUUUUCAGCACAUGGGAUGUUUGGAGAAGGCAAAUGAGUUAUGGGCUUCUUCUUUGUCUAUUUCUGUUGCAAAAGUGCUUCUCUUUUACCUUAUGGCUGACAAAUCUUAUAACUUUGUAUUGUCGAAAGCUUUCACAUCCAGAAUCCUUGGGUUUUUGUGAGUUUUCCAGCUGUAUGGCCAUGUUCCAGAAGCAUUCUCUCCUGAUGUUUUGCCUGCAUCUAUGGAAGGCAUCGGCAGAGUUUCUGAGGUCUGUUGGAAACUAGGAAAAUGGGGUGUAUAUAUCCCAGGGUGGGAGAAAGAACUCUUGUCUUUUGGAAGUAGGUGUGAAUGUUGCAAUUGACCACCUUGAUUGGCAUUUAAUGGCCUAGCAGUUUCCAAGGUCUGGCUUCCUACUGCCUGGGGGAAUCCUUUGUUGGAAGGUAAUUAGCUGGCCCUGAUUGUUUCUUGUCUGGAAUUCCCCUGUUUUUGUGUGUUGUUCGUUUUCUCUCUCUUACGAUUUAGAGUUUUUUAAUACUGGUAGCCAGAUAUACAAAAAAGCCAUUGAAAUCCACAAGCAUGUGGACAAUUUAAAUAGAAAG